GGGCAGCCCCGGGGCCGCUCCCCGCCUCGGGCCGGCAGCGCCGCGAUGGAGCCUCCCGCGGGGUUCGCUUGCGUCCUGCUCUGCUGCGCGCUCUGCCUGCCCGCCGCUGCCCCGCGGCGUCCCGGGCACAGAGAUCCCAUUCUGAGGAAUAUAGAGGAGUACAGCCUUGUCAUCCCCACCAGCACCGACUCAGAGGGCAGGUUCCUAUCCCAUCUGGUGUCCGGACCGCCAAGAGCACGCUUCAGGAGAGCUGCGGACGACUUGCAACGUGAAGCAGCAAAUGAGCAAAUAUUUUAUAAUGUCACUGUUUUUGGAAGAGAGUUUCACUUCAGGUUGCGGCCAAACUCCAGGCUCGUGGCCCCUGGAGCAACAGUUGAAUGGCAGGAGGACUCGGAUGAGACUCGCAUCGAACCUCUCUAUGGGAAUUGCCUCUAUGUUGGGGAUAUCACUGAUCUGCCAAAUGCUUCAGUUGCUAUCAGCAAUUGCGAUGGGUUGGCUGGCAUGAUUCGCACGGACAAGGACGAGUUUUUCAUUGAACCUCUGGAGAAGGGGACUCGUGAGGAAGAGGAGGAAGGAGGCAGAACACACGUGGUCUAUCGCAGAGCAGCUGCCAAGAAGCAGCUUCCAAUUGAGGACGCAGAUACUCUGUACAAAGCGCCUAACCUGACUAAUCUGGAUGGUCUCAGUGCACUGAGACUUAUUGAAGAUCGGGUGCACAGACUGAGGCAGCGCCGCCGGAGGCACGCGACGGAUGAUGAUUACAACAUCGAAGUCCUUCUGGGGGUUGAUGACUCAGUUGUUCAGUUCCAUGGGAAGGAACACGUUCAGAAGUACCUGCUGACCCUGAUGAACAUUGUUAAUGAAAUUUACCAUGAUGAAUCCCUGGGUGCUCACAUCAACGUAGUCCUGGUGAGAAUAAUCCUGCUGAGCUAUGGCAAGUCCAUGAGUCUGAUAGAGAUUGGGAACCCUUCUCAAAGCCUGGAGAACGUGUGUCGUUGGGCCUACUUGCAACAGAAGCCAGACACCGGGCAUGCAGAAUAUCAUGACCACGCUAUCUUCCUCACGAGGCAGGAUUUUGGUCCAUCUGGCAUGCAGGGCUAUGCUCCAGUCACAGGAAUGUGCCAUCCUGUUCGAAGCUGUACUCUCAAUCAUGAAGAUGGUUUUUCAUCUGCAUUUGUGGUGGCUCAUGAAACUGGACAUGUUUUAGGCAUGGAGCAUGAUGGCCAAGGAAACAGAUGUGGGGACGAGGUCCGCCUGGGGAGCAUCAUGGCCCCCCUUGUGCAAGCUGCCUUCCACCGCUUCCACUGGUCCCGCUGCAGCCAGCAGGAGCUGAAUCGAUACCUCCAUUCCUAUGAUUGUCUGCGCGAUGAUCCCUUCGAACAUGACUGGCCUUCCCUUCCACAGCUGCCAGGAAUUCACUACUCCAUGAAUGAGCAGUGCCGUUUUGAUUUUGGUUUGGGCUACAUGAUGUGCACAGCUUUUCGUACGUUUGAUCCCUGUAAGCAGCUGUGGUGUAGCCAUCCUGAGAACCCCUACUUCUGCAAAACAAAGAAAGGGCCUCCGCUGGACGGGACCAUGUGUGCACCAGGAAAGCACUGCUUCAAAGGUCACUGCAUCUGGCUGACACCAGACAUCCUGAAACAGGAUGGGCACUGGGGGGCAUGGAGUAAGUUUGGCUCCUGCUCUCGCACCUGUGGCACGGGGGUGAAGUACAGGACACGGCAGUGUGACAACCCACAUCCAGCCAACGGAGGCCGCACGUGCGUAGGGCCGAGCUAUGAGUUCCAGCUCUGCAACACUCAGGAUUGCCCCAAGGACUUUGAGGAUUUCAGAGAGGAGCAGUGCAGGCAAUGGGAUCCAUACUUUGAGUACCAGAACACGAAGCACCAUUGGCUGCCCUAUGAGCAUGUUGAUGCCAAGGAAAGGUGCCACCUGUAUUGCGAAUCCAAGGAAACAGGGGAUGUUGUGUACAUGAAGAGGAUGGUCCACGAUGGGACCCGCUGCUCCUACAAAGACGCUUACAGCAUCUGCGUGCGGGGAGAAUGCUUGAAAGUUGGGUGUGACAGGGUCAUAGGAUCCACGAAGCAGGAAGACAAAUGCGGUGUUUGCGGAGGAGAUAAUUCCCACUGCAAAGUGGUGAAAGGAACGUUUUCAAGAGUACCAAAGAAACAAGGGCACAUUAAGAUGUUUGAAAUUCCUGUUGGGGCAAGACAUUUACUUAUACAGGAAUCAGACGCCACCAGUCAUCAUCUCGCAAUUAAAAAUCGUGAUACAGGAAGAUUCAUUCUAAGUGAAGACAACUACGUGCCAGACUCUAAAGUAUUUAUUGACAUGGGUGUGGAGUGGGAAUAUCGGAAUGACGAUAAUAGAGAAACCGUGCAGACCAUGGGGCCUCUGCGUAAUGGAAUAGUUAUUCUGGUGAUUCCCCAUGGUGGUUCCAAGAUAUCUCUGACUUACAAGUACAUGAUCCAUGAAGAUUCUUUGAACGUAGAUAACAAUAAUGUUUUGGAAGAAGACUCAGUAUCGUAUGAAUGGGCUCUGAAGAAGUGGUCCCAGUGUUCAAGACCUUGUGGAGGAGGCUUCCAGUUCACAAAGUACGGCUGCCGGAGGAAGACGGACCACAAGAUGGUUCAUCGGAGUUACUGCGAGCUCAUCCAGAAGCCGAAGCCCAUUCGCAGGGUGUGCAACCUCCAGGAGUGCUCACAGCCCAUAUGGGUUACAGGAGAAUGGGAGCCUUGCAGCAAAAGCUGUGGGAAAACAGGAUACCAAGUGCGAUCCGUGCGAUGCAUCCAACCCCUGCACGACAACACGAAUCGCUCUGUGCACACCAAGUACUGCAACAACGACCGCCCAGAGGGCAGGAGGCCUUGCAACAGGGAGCUUUGUCCAGCACAGUGGAGAACAGGACCCUGGUCACAGUGCUCUGUCAGCUGUGGCAAUGGCACGCAGGAUCGCCCGGUCCUGUGCCGAACCAGGGACAACGCCAUCGGCCUUUGCAAAGAAGCUAAACCAGAGAACGUAAGGAUUUGCAGACUACCUCCGUGUCCAAGAAACAUUUCUGAUCCUUCAAAGAAAACCUACAUGAUACAAUGGCUGUCGAGACCUGAUCCAGACUACCCUAUCCAGAAAAUAUCUUCAAAAGAUCAUUGUCAAGGAGACAAGUCAAUGUUUUGCCGCAUGGAAGUUCUCUCUCGGUACUGUUCAAUCCCUGGUUACAAUAAGCUCUGUUGCAAGUCCUGUAAUAUGUACAACAACGUAACAGAGGAAGGCAACGCAACAGAUUCUAACGCAAAUAAGAAUAACGUCAUUGAGGAGGAGCUCUUGACAACCCUCAGCCCUCUCACGGGAGCUUCCACCACACAACCUGCCACCACCAGUCCUCCUCCUGUUUCCAAACCCCACGUGCCUCCUUCCAAUGCCACUGACGAGCACCCCGAAAUUAACGCGGUGGACGUGCCCUAUAAAAUCGAUGGGCUGGAUAACGAAGUGUCACAGCACAACAUCAUCACACAGAGGAGGAUACCUUACGAAAGGACGAGGAAUCAAAGGAUCCAGGAGCUGAUUGCUGAGAAAAGGAAAAAAGAGACUCUCAGAAAAAUAAACUAAAAUGGAAAUAGGGCACAAACAUUUUUCUCUUAUAGAGAUGUUACCAACAUCGUAGUAUUGCCCAUGUCAUAGAGACUGAAAAUGGGGAAAAAUCAAAGUGGUGCUAUGGCAGAGAUGCCAAAGUCUAAAGCCUACUAUAAAUGGAAAGGACAGAUUGUUUUGUAAGUGCUAAUCUGAACACUUUGACGGCUAGGAUUCCAGGGUACAGGAGACUGUUAGUGCAAUAUCAUGACAGCAUUUCACUGAAUCCCAACAAACCUUAAUACCUAGGUCAGGUUAGCAGGUUUUCUGUUUAUGGGCUACUUUAUGUCUUCUAUGGCUGCGUAAAACUUCUUGGGAGCGGUAAUGCGAGUUACAUUUAGGAUGGAGGAAAAUGGUCCCGAGACAUUAAGAACCCCUUUAAUCCUGACAAGCAGGUGGUCAGCAAUCCUGUGAUGCUUCCACGCAUUGCGCAGAGCCAGGCGCUAACCCAGCUCCGGUUCAGGAAGGUGCUUAAGGACGAGCCACACCACGCUCAGCUGCCUUAGGCAAAGCUGCAGCUGGGCACGUACUUACGUAGCUUUCCUAACCAGGACUCUGUAAGAAAAUAUAUAGAAAAUUCUGUAGCCAUAUAUUUAUGUGUAAAUUAAAAACUGGCAACCAGUAGCUUAUGUGUUUCCAUAAACAUUUCAGAGGAUUCUCCUAAAAGUUUGAAUAUACAUGCAGGGCGUUUUGUGUUAGGGCAGGUCCGGCCAACUUGGCCUGCUGGCAGCCCGCUCUUUGUGUUUACAGGUAUCCAUUCAUAUCACGCAGCAGCCUCAGUGACCUUGGUUGGUUGGUGCUUUUUUUGUUACCUGACUUUUUUCUACCCACAAGCUGUUUAAGUUAAAGAUGACUGGAUUCUUGUUGCCUUUUCUUUGGUGCUUUACUAGGAAAAUGUGUUUUUUUCUCUCCCAUAGGACAAGGUUAUUUUUGAGGAAAUAAUUUUUUAAAAAAUUCUCUUCCUUUCCUUCAGACAGCUUUAUUAGCACAGAAGUGAACAACCGUUCCCUGUGCCCUACAUCUAGAUGUUCAUGCAUGUGCAUGCAGUACCAGGUCUGCUGGAAACGUUGAGACGUGGAACCUGAGAACCCUUUGAGUACUUCUUUUCCCCUCAGGGUCAUCAUAGUUUUCACCAGUCAUUCCAGAUUCCUGGUUGGAGAUCAGAAGACAAAAUCAGAUCAGUUGUUUGGUUCUGGGAGCACUCUGGGUGAUGGGGAGGUCGGUGUGAACCAGCCUCUAGCAUCUAUCAUCAGAAUUAUUUCUGCCAUCCCAACAGUGUAGUAAGGAAGGAAAUCAGGCACUGAAGGCUCCGUGCAGGGUCUGUGGAGAGCAGAAGUAGGUGAGGAAAUGGUCCUUUCUCCCCAGCCCGGGACUCUCCCAGUACCAGCAGCGUGCACUGCUGCUCUUCCUUCUGCAGGGGGCAGCUCAGCUUUUCUGAUGUCCCCUAGCUUGGACUCUUCCCUUCGUUUCCUCUUUGCUGGUCAGCCUCCUGCAGAGUCUCAGCUUCCCCAUAUCCUCCUUUUACCAUUCUGCCCUGGUUUGGAUUUUCCAGUCUGAGAAUAAGACCCCAUCCUCCAGCUAUCGCAGUGUCUGCAGCUGCUCCAAGUUUGAAGCAAAGGCAGAUCUAAGCCUCUACACAGCCACAUGGAUGUCAUCAGACACGUCAGAUUUCAAACAGUCUGUAAACUUUACUGCUGCCUAAGAACCUCAGAAGCACUGUACACGUUGUGACCCUGCCUGGGGCAGCCCUGCUUCAUCCAACCACUGUGGCCGAAUGUGCUGGAAAAGGGUCAAGAAAGAGCAGGUUUUGCAGCGCUGGUUGUCAUAAGAAGCCUCGGAAGGCCAAGAGGCUGGUUUAGGAAAAGAGCCUGGCGGAGGGAGCUGAAGCAGAGGAGGGAAGUGUUGAGCAGGUGUGACAUUGAGUCCCUUCGUAUGAGAACUGUGUUGGUGCACUGGUGAGUGUUUAGAAGUCGUACAGGUGGUGCAGAGGUGGGAGUUGCACAGAAGGACACCAGCCGGGAAGCACAGCAGGGCUGAUGCGAUCCUUCCUGCUAAGUGCCCCAGGAGGAGCACACCUGGGGCUGGGCUGACAGCUGGUGGCCAUAGUGAGUAUUUCUCACAUUUCAUGUUUCCUUUACAGGGAUGCUGUUAAACUCAUCUCUUCCCUUUCAUGUUGUUGUCCUGCUUUUAGGUCCAUGGAAAAUUAAAAACAAAACAAAAAGAACAACAAACCCAGGCUUUGUCAUAGAAGUACAUCCAAGCAUAUGAUAAACUUUGGAAAGAGUCCCACCAAACCCAAGGAUGGAGAAGGGUUGGGGCUUGGACUUACGCAAGAGGGAGGGAGGAGUUUGCUCUCUGCUUGGUGCCUGUUUUCCUCUCUGUGACUUUGUGGAGAUCCAUGUUGCCAGCCUACAGAAGCCUGAGGUAAUGCACCUUAUAGCUUCUGGUCUUCCUUAGCAUCAGGAAUAGGCACAGGCAGCCAGGCAGUGUGAAGAAAUGGCAUGUGGGGAAGCACCCACAGCUCAGAUGCUGCCAUACAAGUAGCCUCCUCCUUCCAAAGGACUUUACAGUUGCAUCUCAGUAGCAAGCAGGGCAGGAAUUGGUGCAAUUCAGGUGACCUUUCUGCAAAGGCAAUGAGGAUUCAGAAAGCUGAUUCAAAUUUGGGAACUUAGCUGCGUUGCCUUUUCUGUUCCCAGGCAAACAGACCAAGGGCAAUUUUGCAGAUAAGGUGAAAACUUUGGCUUUGUUUUGGAUGGGGGGCAGCCUCCCAGAAAGCUGGUGCAGUGCUGUGCUCCACCUGGUGAUCGCAGGGGACUCCACACAGUGCUUGGUGCCACCUGCAUUCAGGAAGGUCUCGCUCCUCUUUCAAUCUCACCUUCUUAUUUCUUGCUAUUUUUAAUUCUGUUGAAUAAUUUCCUAGCUGCUAUUUGGGGAAUACUGAAGUGACAUUUGUAGGAGCAGCUUCAGUCUAGAUUGCCCAGACACAGGCUGGCCCAUCUCCUCCUGGAGCAGGAGCACCAGCUGCCUCCUCUUUACAGUCUUGCUGUACAAGGAAAAAAAAAAUCUCUGUACUGGGAAAAAGGCCUUCAUUUCAGGCUGACAUGCAUAUCUCAGAAGAUGUUUUUCAGCAAUUCCCUAGGAUGGUAGUUUCCUAAGAACCUGUACCACUCUUGUACUGGAAAGCAGAGAGUUCAGAACUCUUUUAAGAAAGAAAAAGCAGCACAUGUCAAUAGGUUGGGUAAGCUGGUACUUGUUCCUUGUCACACAGUGAAAAUUUUGGUCAUUUAUUGGUUGGUUGAACUUUGACAACUGCAUCCUCUUUCCUAAAGUGCUGCGAUUGGGAAAGAGCAUCGUCGGCAUAUGUCACCUUUCACCAUUCUGCUGUUGCCUGAGUAUGGCAUUUUGACACAUAAUGAGCAGAUUAGUAUUUUAACUCAUUCCCCAGAAACUAAAGCGAUCAAACGUAAAGUAAACUGAUCUGUACUCCUGCAGAGACUGUCUCAGAGCUCUGAGAACUAAAGCAAACGUACUCCCAUUAAGCAACGCACUUCUGAUAUGCAUUUGCCGAGCCAUACAAUACAUAACUCUCUAAGUUACCAUUUUUCUUCUUGUUUAAGCUUAACAUCCAAGUGUUACCUCCUCACACACAGAAAAAAAAUAAUAAUCUCAAACCAAUUCUGUUGCCUUUGGUUCCAAUCUACUGCCAUUUUUCCACCAACAUUCCUUUACAGAUUUCUGUAAUCCAUUAUGAACGCAUCACUUUUUGUAUUCGUAUAUCCAUGCAAUAUUUAGAAUCUCACAACAUCUCCAUAGAAUGCUUUCAGAUAUUUUGAGAACUUUAUGAAUGGUGCUUUUCCAGUACUCAAAGGGUUUUAUGUUUUAUUUUAGUAACACAUUUAAUGUCGUAUUUACUCACCUACAAUGCAGUAUUAGCUAUGUUCAUCUGAGUAUCUAUAUGCAACUUCCAUUCACUUACAUAUACCUUAACAGAAAAUUGCAAUAAAUAGCCUUUUUUUUGUAUAUUAAAAGUGUAUAUACAAAUUAGAA